AUGGACGGCGGUCCGAUGACGAUCGAACUCCGGCCCGACGCGUGUCCGACGUCGGUCACCGCUGCGAGACCGAUCCCCUUCGCCUGGCGUGCCGAGGUAAAGGCGCAGCUGGACGACCUGCUGGACCGCGGCGUCAUCGUCCCUGUGGACUACCCGACGGAAUGGUGCCAUCCCAUUUCGUGCGUGCCGAAGAACCCGUCCGGGUUUCGACUCUGCGUGGACCUGACGGGACUCAACCGGUACGUGAAUCGACCCACGUACCCCUGCCGGUCUCCUCACGAUGCCGUGACGAGUCUGCCCGCCGGGCACCGGUGGAUGUCGACUCUGGACGCCAAGAUGGGCUACUUCCAGAUGCCGCUCGCUGAGUCAAGUCAGGACCUCACCUGCUUCAUCACGCCGUGGGGCAGGUUCAAGUUCGUCCGCUGUCCGAUGGGAUGCAGUGCGUCUGGAGACGAGUACAACCGGCGCGGCGAUGCCGCGCUCGGCGACAUCCCAAACUGUGUCAAGAUUGUCGACGACAUCCUGGCCGUGGCACAGACGUACCGGCAGCACCUGCAGCAGGUGAUCGAAAUCCUCCGGCGCUGUGACGACCGAGGAAUCACGCUGAACCCGCUGAAGUUCAAGUUCGCCCAGAAUGAGGUCAAAUUCUGCGGCUACAAGAUCACCCCGGCCGGCUACACCACCGACAAUGAAAAGGCGCGCGCCAUCGCUGAUUUCCCGAGACCGGAGAACGUCACCGACCUGCGGUCCUUCAUGGGUCUGGUGAAUCAGCUGAGCGGCCUCACACCGGAGCUGGCUGGCUCGACUCAGGCCUUCAGAGACCUCCUCAAGUCGCGCCGGGUCUGGCGCUGGACUGAGCAGCACGAGGCAGCGUUUCUGCACACCAAGAUUGUGCUGUCGUCACCGCCGGUGAUGGCAUUCUUCGACCCCCAGCUGCCGACCGUGCUACAGACGGACGCUGCUAAAACCCGAGGACUGGGUUUUGCACUGCUCCAGAGGCACGGAGAGGACUGGCGUGUGGUCCAGUAUGGUUCACGGUUCCUGACCGAUACCGAGAGCCGAUAUGCUGUAAUCGAGCUGGAGCUGGCUGCUGUACUCUGGGCCUGCAAGAAGUGCCAUGUCUACCUGGCUGGCAUGCCCCACUUCGACCUGGUGGUCGACCACCGACCGCUGGUGACCAUCCUAAACUACAAGCAGCUCAACUCGAUCGACAACCCGCGUCUGCAGCGGAUGAGAGAGAAGUUGUUGGCCUACAGCUUCACCACCAGCUGGCAGAAGGGAUCGAGUCACGUGAUCCCAGACGCGCUCUCGCGAGCGCCCACCAGCGACCCCGCCGCUGAUGACGACGGAGCGGUGGACACCGAGGACGACCCGCUGCACGCCAGCGUCAUUGCCGCGCUGCAGGCCUCCGCUCGAUCGGAGGAGGGCGCCCAGCUGGCUCCGCUGGUCGACUCCACACUGGAGAGAGUCCGCGCCGCCGCGGAGCGCGACACCGAGUACCAGACUCUCAGCGAGCUGAUCCUGGCCGGAUUCCCAGAGAACCGGCACGAGACGCCCCCUGCAGUACGAGCGUACUGGGGCGUGCGCCAUCAGCUGGCCAUCGACGACGGACUGGUGGUCUACGGCGCUCGACUGGUCAUCCCGUCCGCCCUCCGACGCGGUGUGCUGGAGAAACUCCACGAGUCACACCAGGGCGUUGAUAGGACCAAGCGCCGUGCUCGGCUCAGUGUGUACUGGCCGGGCAUCGACAAGCAGAUUGCUGACACUGUCGCCGCCUGCGCUCAGUGCCGUCAGCGCCUGCCCAGCCACGCCCGGGAGCCGAUGUGGCAGGAGGACGGCGCACCGACACGCGUCUUCGAGUCGGUCUCGGCCGACUACUUCUCCGCUGGAGGACGCACGUACCUGGUGUAUGUGGACCGCCUGUCCGGGUGGCCGUACGUCACUGUGUGUCCCCGCACCGCCUCGGCGGACCAUCUGACGCGGCAGCUCCGACUGAUGUUCUCGCAGACGGGCGUCCCGACCGUGUUCCGGUCAGACGGCGGACCCCAGUUUGCAUCAGGCACGCUCCGCCGGUUCCUCCAGCGCUGGGACGUACGGCAUGAGAUGUCGUCACCGCACUACCCGCGCGCUAACGGGCACGCGGAGGCCUGCGUGAAGACAGCGAAGAAGCUGGUGCUGGCUGCGUCCUCAUCGGGCCGGCUCGACCAGGACCAACUGGACCGAAGUCUGCUCGAACUCCGUAACACGCCCCGAGCAGACGGACGGUCGCCGGCACAGGUGCUGUUUGGUCACCCGCUUCGCUCUGGUGUUCCCACGCACCACCGCGCCUUCGCUCCUGAGUGGCAGCGAGCAGCCGCUGUCUGUGAAGAAAAGGCUGCCGAGCUCCAGGAGCAGGUGGUCAGACGCUACGACGAGAGCACGCGCCGGCUGUCACCGCUCAAGAUCGGCAGCCGGGUCGACCUUCAAGACCCCGCCACCGGCCGAUGGAACCGGAUCGGAGUGAUCGUGGGCGUCGGUCAGAGGCGCACGUACCUCGUCAAGACCGCCAGUGGCAGGGUCCUGUGGCGGAACCGCCGCUACCUGCGCCCAUACCGGCCCCUUCUGACAGAGCCCACCCCGCCUGUGGCUCCGUCCGCCCCGCGCGCGCCCCAGCGGCCGCCGCCGCCGCCGCCAGAGAGCACCGCGGUCGCCGCCGAGCGGGCGGUCCGACCCGCUGCUAGUGCGCCGGUUGUGUGCCGCUCGCCGCCGGUGCGGUCACCCGAGGUGGAGACGGCCGCCGCCGCUCUCCCGCGUCGUUCUCGACGGCAGCGCCGCGCUCCUGGUCGGCUCCGAGUUCAAUGGGGUGCGACCUCGUAUGAGGAGUGAUUGUGAGACAACGUCGUGGAGUGUUGUGUUUUUGUGUGUUUUUGACGACUGUUGUCUCGAGGGGGGAUGUUGUGUUCGGGUAUAGGGGGUGUAGACUUGGACCGCCUCUGCGGCCCCACCUCUGUGUGCCUGGGAGCGCCCCUGCCGGCGCCCAGCUGUCCGUGCGCGCCAAGCGGCGUGAGUGGCGCACGGGACGAAAACUGACGCUCGCCAUACUUGUUUAGUUUUUGGAAGACUCUCUCGGCCCAUUCGCACCGGCAGUAAAUAAAUCGCGUUUCUCUUAAGCUCUCUCUCACUCGAACCGUGAAUUACGAACAUAACAGGAGCCACCCCCUCAACCUGCUCCUUCACGUCGGGGCCCAUUGCCGCAGUCUCCGCUCCCGAGUGUGCCCCGGAUCCAGCAGCUUCGCAAGCUGACAGCGCGGGGCUGGGGACUAGAGGAACGACAGCUCUGCGCUGUAGCGUCUGGAUACGUCCGUGGAGUGCUGGUGCACGCGGCCGCCACCUGGCUCCUGGUGACGCCACAAUCCCACGUGGAACUUCUCCAGAGGGAGAUGCAGGCGGUUACCCGUAUAUCACCGGCUGCCCCUUGUUUACCCCAGCCCACGCAGUGAUGGCGGAGGCCGAACUGAUGCCGGUGCCCGCUGGCCGCCCGGCGAGACGUGCUGGUAGCGAAGCUCUUCGCCAAGGCGCACGCGCUCCCCGAGGGCAAGCCCUCAGGACUAUCGCGGAAGAUGGGCCGCCCAGCCGACUGAAGUCGGUGACGGGCUGGCGUGGGGUGGGGCACGAAACCUGGCGAGCGGCUGGGAUCGCCCUGCUGCUCGACCCCCUGGUUGCAUGCCAGCGCGCCGCCGUGGGAGGUGGCCGCCUUCCCAGACUUCACCUUCAGGCUGGACAUCGGGACACUGCAGCGCGACGCCUCGGCUGAUGAACUACACCUGGCGGCACAGCGACACUUGGCCACCCUCCCCAGCAAGCCAUCAGGGUAUGAACUGACGCAUCGGCGGAAGCGGGAGUCCGCAGCGGAGAAGCCUUCGUGGAGUGUACACGGGUGUGGGAAAUGAAUGCUAAGUGUAUCCAAAUUGAAGGCACUGCUCUCGAAGGAUAUAAAUACUGAACAGCUUUGGAUUGUUUGUAUUCCAAAUGUUUACUUUCAGGACGAGUACUCCUUGUCAUUCGGUCGUCAACUCCUCUCUCCGACGCCGGCUUAGCGCAGGCACGUAUAACCUAAAAUUUGGCCGGGGGGGGGGGAGCGGAGGAAUCCCGUAGAGAGAGCCUCCUACCUACAGAGGGCCCUCUACCCGAGGAGUCAGAGGUGGUCAGACACAGACACUAGCGGCUAUUCACAGGAGGCCCCAUGUAGUAAAUUGAAUGACCCCAGGUGGCAGGCGAGUCGGAGAGCCUUGAUUGUCCUGACGUGAUUUUUUGGGGAUUCCCAUGAAUUUCGUUCGUCUCCGACGUGAUUUUGGCCAACGUGGGCCUUCUGCCAGCAUGGGCCCUGAAAACCCCUAGGGGGCCGGGGGAGGCGCACCCCGUCCGUCCCCCCUUGGGUACCUACGUCCCCGGUCGGUCCAGCGGCUCCACACGCGCCUACCGACACACAAGAAACUCUUGCCAUUAUGUUUGCUUCUGACGCAAUCAUGACAGAAUUACGCUCUAUUGAUAUGCAUGCUGCCAUUGCUUUGGAGUCGGUCUUUUGAAUUUCUGCGUUUUUUUUCGGAUCGGCUCCACUCUCCAGACAGCUGGCUCAGCCUGAUCGACCAGAGCGAUGCGACACCUAUACCAACUUGAUACCAACCUACUUGGCGGGGUGGUGAAUUCAUGAAAUGCGAAUGCGAAACAUGGCAAUAGAUGGCGGAACGAACAGCAUGGGGAAGGCUGGAGUGGGACACGCAUUGAGAAAUGAAAUCCGUCACUUCCCAGAUUUCGAACGCAUCCUUAGAGUGCAUUACUUUUAUGUGCUUGCGUUCGGUCUUGGGAUUUCUCAGCAGAUGUCGCCAACAGCAGAGAGAUUGAUCUAGAAUGUCUCGUUAUCGGAAAAGUAUGGUAGCUAUACGCCAAAUGGUUUUUGCGUAUAGUUACCAUAUUACUUCCGAUAUGACUGUUGACAUUACUGCGGAUAUGACCGAGCAGUGCAUUGGCAAUAUGCCAAGGGCAGUAACAUGCCGUCAGUCACGUCAGUCAUCGGCCUUGGCUAUCUGUAAGAAUCUUGGCAGGAAUCUUGGCCUUUUCUUGGACCCAUAGCGUCGGCCUUCGACCAAUCAUAUCGCCGAAUUCGCAGGCAGUGAGAGACAAAUACGGCGUGCCGAAGACAUAUUGGGUGUCUCAAAAUCACUGAGAACUCUAUAGCUCAAAAUUUAAGCCCUGCACUUUUUUAGAUCUACCCCGUUGAGUGGCAUUUUUGUGAAAAUUAUGUAAAUAUAUUUAUCAGAAUAAGGGAGAAGUGUAGGGGGCGGCGGGUGAGGUGCAGAAGAAGAAUAAGAAGAAGUUGCACCUAUCCAGUAAUUUUAUCUUGAUUUGUGGAUUAGACGAAGACUAGAUUUUGAUAAAGAAAUCGACAAACUUGAACUGCAGGUAAGGUGUUGGUUUGUCAUGCCGAUUGUCUUGAAACCUGUUCCUUUUAAACCUGGGCUUCACCAUUUAUGCUCCAUAUGUGAAUUAGCCUUGAGGCAAAAUAAUCCGGCAGGUGGCUAUUUUCUGUUUGUAAAACUGGCCUCAGAUGGAGUGCUAUCAUUUGAUCAACCAUCACAUGAUCAGGCAGCAACAAAGUUUGUGGUUUUAGAAUCUUGAAAAACUUUCUUGGGAGUGGCACUUGGUAGACAUCUGUUUGAGAUUCUGCUAGAGCAAUAGCGUCGUGCUCAAGCCAGCCAAAUUUUAGACUGCCAAUUCACAAGAAAAAAUGCUUGGUUAAUCAGAUUUCAGCCUAUUAGGUAAGGCAUCAAUAGGCAUUUAAUUCAAUUCUGGUGGUAAAAAUCAUGACCAUAUAUUGGCAUAUCAUCAAUUUUUAAUUUGUUGUGGCACACCUUGUUGUAUAUUGAGGCUUGAAGAUGCUCAAGUAAAUAUUUUUGAUGCGUGUGUUGAUGAAGGCUAAAGUCCAAUGAAAAUAAAAAGCAGAAAUUAUCCUGACCUUCCCUUCCCUACUAACCUCCAACCUCCAACCUAUCAGCCUACAAACCACCGUUCAGACUUCAUCUACACGCAGGUUUAACAUUUUAUGAUAAAGUAAAAAAUGCUCAGCUUGUAAUCCAAUGCCUUUCAAAACCAAUAGGCCUUUUUGGCCUUGCGAAUGGUUAACGGAGAGAGAGAGUUACCUAACUCUAUCAUGUAAAAGCUGCUUUGAGAAAAUAGCACUGUGUUUUAUCCUGGCUUCAUGACUCUCUAACGCUCUUUCAAACACAUGGUUGUUUUCUGACAAUUGGUGAUACAGAGAGGGUCUGCAUUAAUGUCCAAGUAUGGUCAUUUAGGAUCAAUUUUUGGUGCCCUCGUUUUAUAUUAUUCCAGCACUCCAGCAGCCUUACCCCGCGUUCGAUGUCUCUCGGAUGACGAAGAUUCUACGUCGUCCAGCCAAUCCCGUCCAAGGACUCGUGGCGCUGCUCGCCUCCUCGCCAAUGCGAACGCGUUCUCUGAGGACAACCCGCCCAAGGCUAGUAUGGCGAAGCCACGCCACCGCGCCGGCUAUAGACUCACGGCCUGAAGCGAGUUUGGGCGCGACGGCUGGCGAGCCAAGGCGGCGGAAAGUCGUCUGGCGGAGCUCCCGUCUGAGGCGAGCUUGAUCUGGUCAGACAGCUCCGCCACCGAUGGUGUGCUAGAUGGAGGAGGAGGGGCCACCCCCCCCCCCCCCCUGAACCGCGACAUCCGGGAGGUGCGUGUCGCGGCAGGCGCCCUCUGCUCUAGCACGCGCGGCGAGCUAUUCGCCCUAAGAGCGGUGUUGGAGGAGCUGUUGACCAAGACUGGUCGCGACACCUCUCUUCCGACAAUUAUCGUCUGUACCCACUCGAUGGCGGCGCUGGCCCUCCUGCGGAGCGGCGCGGCGGCCCAGAGAGCCCCUCUGGCCGCAGACAUAUGGGGGCUGCUGGCAGCGCUCACCGAGGGGGCCAUCCAGUGAUAAUGCAGUGGGUUCCUGCACACUGCGGGCUUCCGGGCAACGAGCGGAUGGACGCCCUCGCGCGCGAGGCUGGCGCCCUAUCCCAACGGUAGCGCCGUCCGCCGAUCGACUUGGGCAGCACUAUCUGCAAGGCAGGCGCGCGCGACGCUGCGCGCGCCUGGCGGCGGAGCUGGCAGGACGGAUGACCCUGGCUGCCGCCGUGAGAACCAUCCAGAACCGUACGGCUAUGCUGCGGCAGCGGCUGAAAGGAACGCAACAACAAUAACCACAACAGCAGCUGCUAAUGAAAGGGGAAAUCAUGGAGCCGGAUGACCCGGCACAUGGCGCUCAGCCAGCUGAGAAUGAGAGCAGCUAUCAAAUCGCCAGCAGGGUGCUGCGGCUGGUAACUGACGACCUUGGUAGAGAGAGCGCCUCCGCUGAUGCGGAUGAAACUACCCCCUCUCGGGUUUGUUUGACGCCGUCUCCGUCGACUCUUUCGCCUGGGCCGGCUGGCGACCGCGCUACAUUUCUUGUGCAGUGACUCGUAACUGUGUUCACCAAACUUUUAAAACUCCCCACGUUAGCAUCUUUAAAGAAUGUUUUCCUCGUACACUGCUGCAAUGUCUUAUGUAGGCAUGUUGUACAGUCUAAACGAGUGUGGAAUGCUUUGUUGUGCUUAUUUUGUAUUUCGUUUGCUAUUUAUCACGGUGACUAUAAUUUAUUUUGACCAACCCUUGCCUUGUUACAAUUUUAGUGGAUGGUUUCUGAACUGCUGUUUGCAUUAUAGAUGUUGCUAGUGCGUAGACGCCAAAGAUUACUUUAUACCUAUUGACGCGCCAGAUAAAGGAGGUGAAGUAUUCCUCUGAUCUAUACCUACGGAAUUCCUUUAUGUGUGUUUUGUAAUCGAUAUUGGCGGUUUUCUUAUGUGAUGCGGUGUAGAGCGUGGCUGAGGAAGGCGAUGUUUAAAGUUGCUAGUUAUUUUUCAAUACAUCUUUGAUCGGAC